AUGACGACCCAGAGCUGGACACGAAAUGCAUACACUCGAGCCAACACCCUCCUCAACACUAUCCGACCACGAAAGAUGAUCUGGAUAUGCCAACAAUGUCGCCACCAAUCCACCGACACCGUCGCCCAACCAGCAUCAACCACAGUAUCAGGCGAAGAACUCUCCCGCUCAAGAAGAUACUGCAUGGACAUGCUACGCAAAUACGACACCCCCUCGUCCCUCCUCCUCCCCUACAUUCCCUCCCACGCCCGAGACGCCUAUAUUGCCCUCCGCGCCUUCAAUAUCGAAGUCGCUCGCACAGCCGACACGACCUCCACGCCCACAAUAGGUGCGAUGCGACUCCAGUUUCAACGGGACGCCAUUACGAAAUCCCUAGCCGGCUCGCCACCAAAACAACCGAUUGCGAUUUUACUAGCGAAAGCUGCAGAGGAUAUUGAGCGGAAGACAGAUGGGAGAGGGAAGUGGAGUAAGAGUUGGUUUAUGAGGAUUAUUGAUACGAGGGAGAAGUACUUGAGUAAUCCUCCUUACCCCGGUGUGGCGAGUCUGGAGAGCUAUGCGGAGAAUACCUACAGCACUCUACUCUAUCUUACCCUCCAGGCUCUCCCCAUGUCGAGCUUGACGGCCGAUCAUGUAGCGAGUCAUAUCGGUAAAGCGACAGGGAUAGCUGCUGUCCUUCGUGGACUGCCUUUACUCGCUUUCCCAGGUCCCCCAAAUACACAUAGUAACCAAGGCCAAUUCUCCGGCGAUGUCGGAGCAACACGACAAGGCGCCGUCAUGCUCCCACUAGACGUAAUGGCCGAGUCCGGAGUCCGAGAGGAAGACGUCUUACGAAACGGCGCCGAAGCCCAAGGUCUCCGUGACGCAGUCUUCGUCGUCGCCACCCGUGCAAACGACCACCUCAUCACAGCCCGACAGAUGUUGUCCCAGGUCCGGGCGGGGAAGGACGCGGAUCAUGAGUAUGAGCAUGGCAAUGAGGAGGAGCACGUUUAUUUGCCGAGUAAAGGUCGUAAAGCUGAGACGCAGGCGCAGGAGGUGGAGAGGGCGUUUGGGGCUUUCAUGCCGGCUGUCGCGACGCAGAUGUGGUUGGGGAGGUUGGAGAGGGCGGAUUUUGAUGUUUUUGGGGCGAAGUUGAGGGUGACGGAUUGGAGGUUGCCGUUUAGUGCUUUUUGGGCGUGGCAGAGGCGGAGGAUUUGA